GUCGUCUGGGGGGCGGGGUUUCCUCGAGCUCCGCGCUCUUGUACCCGGCGGCGCCGACGCUUGACUCUCUUGUCGGCGAGGGCGCGUGGCAGAAGAGGCAGAGCCUCGCGCGCGCUUUCUGCUUCUGAGGCCGCGAGGGAAGAAGCACACGCGGCCCGCGCGCGCCUUUAUCCAUCCAUGGCCGAUUACCUGAUCAGCGGCGGCACCGGCUACGUGCCCGACGACGGGCUCACGGCGCAGCAGAUGCUCAACUGCGGAGAUGGGCUCACCUACAAGUGAGGAGGCGCCUGGGAAGGCCGUGGGGCGCGGGUGGCAAUGGGGUGGGGGGUCGGCGCUACUACGUCUCCACCCGCUGGAAAUCCGCCUCGAGGAAUUGCCACAGGUUCUUCUUUUUUCUUUCAAUGCUGGGGGGCAUUUGAUGCCCCUUUGGACCCCGCACGCGGAAUUUGGGGUGUGUGUGUAUUGCACGCGCGGCAUGCUAUCAUAACCCGAGGAAAGUGAAGGUUAUAAUGAUGGCUUUGGCACGGGGUCAAGGAAAGUGGGGCUGGGGGUGCUCAAAUAAUAAUAAUAAUAAUUAAUAAUAAUAAUAAUAAAUAACUUAUUACUUAUACCCUACCCAUCUGGCUGGGUUUCCCCAGCCACUCUGGGCGGCUUCUAGAAAAAUACUGUAAUACAUCAAACAUUAAAAGCUUCCCUAAACAUGAAUGCUCGAAUUAACCUUUCACCCCAGGGGGUUCCUCUGGGUCUUUGAAAAAGGAUUUACCCGAGCCCCUAGGAGAUCCCCCCCUUCCUCUCUCUCCCCACCCCCACACUUUUGUCUAUUUUGAAGCCGAGGGUGAUGCUAGUUCCAGUAGUAGGGGCAAAUGUCCUUCUGCCCAUUGCUCCCUAUGGAGAAGCAGAGACUCUCGGCCUGCAACUUCAGAGAGAGAGAGAGUGUGUCCUGAGAGGCAAAACCCUCGGCCUGAACAUGCAGACCUUGUUUCUCCCCUGCUCUAGAACUUCCAGAAAAAUCUCGUGGGGUAGAUUCCUUUUUGCGUUGUAGUGCAGAUAGCACAGUCGGUAGACCAUGAGAUUCUCAGUCUCAGGGUUGUGGGUUCUAGUCCCAUGUUGGAUGAAGGAUUCCUGCAUUGCAGGGGGUUGGGCUAGAUGAUCCUCACGGUACCUUCCGACUCCACAGUUCUUUGAUUCUAUGUGAGAUCACCUUUCUCAGUUCUUCACUGGGUGAGAGGAAUGUGUCUGUUGGCUAGUACUGUAUAAGUAGAACUGUAGUCAAGUAUCCCUCUUCCUAUUGCAAGAUGUUCCCUGAAAGCUCAUGUUUGAGGAAUCCUUUCUGCUUAGCGGAUCUCUCCUCUUGCUCCCCUCCUUGGCCCUUGCUUUUCUUAAACUUCACCUUUGACAUAAUUCCACAGAAUAGUCAGUCCUCCUCAGGGUCUGUUGAAUCUCGCACCCAGCAAGACCUUUUGUGUUUUUUAUCUAGUAACUGCGCAGAUGAUCCCAGCCCUUGCGAGAGACCAUGGAGCCAGAAUAUCAUGUAACAGUUUCUCUGAUUACACUUGUGUAUCAGUUUAUGUUCCUAAACCACCUGCUGGUCCAUAUGACAAGUCUGAGCGUAUUUAGUCAUAAUCCUUCUAUAAGAAGAAAGCCGUGAGCAGCAUAGAAUGUACCCCUGAUCCAACCUCUUAAGAACAUGAAUUGGCAGUAUAAAGUUGCUAUCUUGUUAGAGUUGUAUACUGUGAGUUUUUGGCGAGAGGAGGUUUUUAUUUCCAUUUUUCUGUCUCUUCCACCGCUUAGUCUCUUCCUAUCCAUGUGGAGACUCACGUGAUGCCAGAUGAUCUGUGGUUGCACACAGCCUUCACGAGUUCCUCCCUAACUAGACGUGCAAUAUGAACCCUCUGAGAAACUUACUUGGAAAUAAUUCCUGCACGAGAAAGCUGACCCUCUUUUUAGCAGCCACAACCCCUCACCCCUCCCCUUUUAGAGAACAGCAAUCUAUAAAUAAAUUAUUUCUGUUUGGAAACAAACUUUGCAGUUGGAGAAGCAGCUUUUUUUUUUUAAAAGGAAGAACAUGAGCAGUCACCUUCUACCCAGUGAAGUAUGCUAUAAAGGACGAGGAUAAACAAAUUCAUUCUGAAUUUUGGCAAGACUGAAAUGCUGCGAGUGGGUGGUUCUGCCUUGUACUGUCUAGGCCAGCAUUGCCAACACUAUCAGUGGCUCUCCCUGGUUUCAGUUAGGAGUCUUUCCCUAAUUUGGGAGACACUAGGGAUUGAAUCUGGGACAUUUGGCAUGCAAGUCGGAUGCUCUACCACUGAGCCUACAGCCCUUCGCCAAAGCUAGGGAUCAUAAGGAAGCUGCCUGAUACCAAAUCAGACCACUGGUCCAUCUAGCUCAGUAUACACUGACUGGCAGCAUUUCUUCAGCAUUUCAAACUAGGGUCUCUCUCCCAGCCCUUGCUGCGGAUUGAACCAGAGUCCUUCUGCGUGCAAAUCAGAUGCUCUGCUACUGAGCUUAUGGCGCUUCCCAUUUCCUGAAAGUCAAUUGCUUUCUGGAAAAAUAAAAUGGUACAAGCUAAUGCACACACAUGGGACGUGGGUGGCGCUGUGGGUUAAACCACAGAGACUAGGACUUGCUGAUCAGAAGGUCGGCGGUUUGAAUCCCCGCGACGGGGUGAGCUCCCGUUGCUCGGUCCUUGCUCCUGCCAGCCUAGCAGCUCGAAAGCACGUCAAAGUGCAAGUAGAUAAAUAGGUACCACUCCAGCGGGAAGGUAAACGACGUUUCUGUGUGCUGCUCUGGUUUGCCAGAAGCGGCUUAGUCAUGCUGGCCACAUGACCCGGAAGCUCCCUCGGCCAAUAAAGCGAGAUGAGCGCCACAACCCCAGAGUCAGCCACGACUAGACCUCAUGGUCAGGGGUCCCUUUACCUUUACCUAAUUCACACAUAUACCAAUGCCUUUAAACUGUGUCUCGGAUCCACCAACAUCGGGACAUAAGAAUCAUGUUUCAGAUCAGACCAAGAGUCCCAUCUCAUCCAGCAUUCCGUUUCCAACAGCAGUAAGCUUUUGUGGGGCUUACAAACAAAGCAUGAGGGCAACAGCAUUGCCUCUUUCAGUUGCUUCUGGCAACUGGUGCCAGCAGCACUCCUGUAUGAUGCCCCUGGUAUGUGGAAAUUCCCUUUAGAUUUCCACGACUUAAUAGCUGCUGGUAGAGAGGUAGUCAAUGCAAUAGGAAGGUCUUCACAGGUCUCCUGGAAGGUUUCCAAGUUGGGGACAUGGCAUUCGUUAAACAUCAGCUAACUUUCCUGUAGAACAUUUUGCUCGGGAGUUUCACAACUUUGCUUUCUUGGAGACUUUCUGGGGGUGGGGGAAGCUAAAUACAGCUGGGCAUGCAUGUGGUGGGGGUUGAUCUAACUUCUAAAACUCAGGAGAUGCCAAAGAUUCAAAUUUUCGUGGGAGAUUCCUCUUUCGAUUUGGGAAUCUUUGCAUUGCAUGCCUUACAUUGUCAGACCUCUGGUCUGUCUGGUUCAGUUUUAUUUACUCUCUGUGGUAGUAGCUCUUCCAGGGUCUCUAGUAAGACAUUUUGCCCAUCACGGCAACCCAAUAUUCUGUUCCUGGCAGUGAAUCAGAAACAUUUUGCUGAGCUACAAGACCCUCUCUCAAACAGUAAAUAACGAGGUUAUAGGCUUGGUUGGGAGAAGCAGUAAGCAGAAGGCAAUUGGUGCAAUCAAACCACUUUACCUCUGCCCACUCAUAGCCAUCCCAGAGGUGUGUAUUAUGUGAAGUUGUAUGACUAGAACUUUCUACUUGAUUUCCCUCUGAAAAAUGAAGCCAGUGAGGUUGGGGUACAGGAGCAUGGGCAGUCUGAUGUUUCCCCUCCGCACCAAAGCCCUGAUUCAAAUCCCUUAACCUCCCAAGAGUGCUGUUAGAUGUGGAAGGGAAACCAUAUGAACACUAAAAUUGUGACUGUAUAUUUUCUCCUACAAAUUUAAAAGUAGCUUGGGAGAGAUUUGAGGAAUUGCCUUGGGGGUAAAGGACCUUUGGCUCUCCAGAUCAGUUGCUGAACUACAACUCCCAUCAGCCCUGGCAAGCAUUGUCAAUGUUCUUGGGUGAUGGGAGAUGUAGUUCAUCAACAUUGGGAGGCCCAAAUGUUUCCUACACUUUUAAAACCCGUUCUCUUACCUGAGCCACGUUCCUGAUCCAAAUCUUCCCCUUGUAGGCACUGUUUCUUAAAGGAGGAAAUUUUGUUGGGGGUUCCAAUCACAGAACUUCAGGAGGUUCCCCGGGUGGUAUUCAACUGAACUUUUCUCAAUAGUAGACCCACUGAAACUAAUGAUCAUGACUAAGUUAGUUCCAUUAAUUUCAGUGGGUUUGCUCUGAAUAGAACUUAGUUGAAAUCCCCACACACAGGUACGGUCAUUAUCUCAGCAACAUGCUGCGGCGAACCACAAAUUACAUUAUAAAGCCUUUUACUUGUUAAAAGUUCUGUAUUAGGCUUCCAAAAAUAACAUUUUUUCUUCUUUCCUUUGCUAUUCAGCGAUUUCCUUAUACUCCCUGGCUACAUAGACUUUACUGCAGACCAAGUGGUGAGUAUGAGACUAAAGUUUGUAUAAUAUAUAAAAUCAAUGUCAAGAAGCAAGUGCUUUCUGCACUGUAGGAGAUUCCUUUCUGUUUGUCUCUUUUUAUAGUACUAACUGAGCGUUUUGGAAUCUGCAGUCUUAGUUCUGCAGUUCUAGUUCUGAUGGGUCACUAAGUGUGUGAAGGUACGAUGACAAUGGUGCUUGAAAAGAUCGCAAAUAAAGCUGCCUGCUGUUUCAGCCAAACUCUUUAUUUUAAGGACCUGACUUCUGCUCUGACCAAGAAGAUAACCCUGAAGACUCCCUUGGUAUCCUCCCCUAUGGACACUGUAACAGAGGCCUGCAUGGCCAUUGCAAUGGCGGUAAGAAACCAGGGCAGAAGGGAGAGAGAGCUUACCUUAGUUUAGAGUGCGGUGUGUGUGUGUGUGUGUGUGUGUGUGUGAAAUACUUCUUGGUAUCUUGGUAAAUCCCUAUGGGAUAUCAAGAACAUUUUUCCUCAGGUCAUUUUGUCUGCAGUCCUAAACACACAUGCUUAGGAGUGAGGCCUGUUCAACACAGUAAGGCUUAAUUCUUAUUAAACAUGCAUGGCAUUGUACUGUUAAAAACAUAUGGCCGUUCAUUGUACUGUUAAAAACAUAUGGCCGUGUCUGUAAUAAUUUUUUCAAUUUUAGCCAGAAAAGUAGUAGUCCCUUCCAAUUCUGCUUUUAUGCUUUUCCCCUACAGUAUUUAAAAUUCUUAGUAUAUCAUUUCUUAGCUGGGGGUUUUGUUUUUGUUUUAAAUGCAGAGCCUUAUUCUGCACAACAACAACAGUUUGGCUUCUGAGCCAUUCCUGCUAACCUUCUCUCUGCCCUUGGUCAAAGGCAGCAAAGAAGUACAGUGGUACCUUGGUUUACAAACUUAAUCCGUUCCAGAAGUCCGUUCUUAAACCAAGGUGUGCUUUCCCAUAGCAGCGGGGGACUCAGUUUACAAAUGGAACACACUCAGCAGGAAGCGGAAUAUGUUCUGCUUCCAAGCCAAAGUUCAGAAACCAAAACACCUACUUCCGGGUUUGCAGCGUUCUUAAUCCAAUUUGUUCGUAAACUAAGCUGUUCUUAAACCAAGGUACAGUGGUACCUCGGGUUACAUAUGCUUCAGGUUACAGACUCCACUAACCCAGAAAUAUUACCUCGGGUUAAGAACUUUACCUCAGGAUGAGAAGAGAAAUCGUGCACCGGCAGCAGGAGGCCCCAUUAGCUAAAGUGGUACCUCAGGUUAAGAACAGUUUCAGGUUAAGAACAGACCUCCAGAAUGAAUUAAGUUCUUAACCCGAGGUACUACUGUACCACUGUAUUAUUUCUGUUCCAACUUAAACUUCUUUCUAUAUCUUCUCAGCUCACAGGUGGAAUUGGAUUCAUUCAUCAUAAUUGUACCCCAGAAUUCCAGGCCAACGAAGUACGGAAAGUUAAGGUAAAACCAACUUCUGUGUAUAUAAACGUCCCUGGGGAGAAGGGUUUGAUAACAGGUUUGGCUAUUGCCCUGCACUGCUUUGUGAGGUGGGUAUUCUGCUGUAGACAUAGUUUACUCACCUGUGCCUUUACCACAAACGUAUGGCUGUAUGAUUACGUGCCCUCUCCCCUCUUGUGUACAAGUCCCCGUCACCCCCCUUGGUUCUAACUAAGUUAAUAGCUGCGUCUGUGCCGAUGUUCAUGGUGAUUGAUGUGGAACAGAGUUCACUUUGUAGCCAUGCUUUGAAAUGCGUGCUGUUUGUUCACUAAGAAUAUUGGCUGCUGGACUCUUAAAAGAUGGUCCUGUUGCAUUUGAGGUAUACAGAAAGUUCUGGCUGGUGUUUCGGCAUUAAAGCAUAGUAGCUGUUGAGGCCCUCAGUACAUUCAGGCAAGAUGCUUUGGUCUCCUGGAUCCCUGUAAUUCGGAUGAACUGGGCAUAGCAGGCUACCUGUCUUAUUCUUUAUUUCUGUACUUGCAGCUGUCUGGAUGAGCCCCUAACCAUGUUUGAAAGCCACACACUACAAUGCUGCAGUUACUGAUGGCCAUUCCCCAGGAGAGUCCUGUCUGGCUCCGCAGACGUCUGCUUCCCCCAAUGCAUAUCUUUAUGUAACUAUUUUGUAUCGGCUCAAAAUUCUCCUUCUGAAUUCGUGUCUUGCUCCAGAAAUAUGAACAAGGAUUUAUCACGGACCCAGUAGUGCUGAGCCCCAAAGAUCGCGUGCGAGAUGUUUUCGAAGCGAAAGCCCGCCAUGGGUUCUGCGGCAUCCCUAUAACAGAUAAUGGGAAGAUGGGCAGCCGACUCGUGGGGAUUAUUUCAUCCCGAGACAUCGACUUUUUGAAGGAAGAAGAGCAUGACCUGCCUCUCAGCGAGGUCAGUGGGGUUAUUCUGGGAUCAGCAAGCAGGACUAGAACUUGUGCUGGGGUAGUGUGUGGACCUCUAGCAUUAUUUUUAUUUUUGCGCUGGCCAAAGGAAUUAUGUUUAAUGUCUUGGAGCACUAGAGCAUAGCACAGGUUGGGUUUUUUUGCAACUUUUUCUGUUCGCUUGGCUCAUUUCCCCUCGCGUUGCAUAAUGAAAGCCUUCUGGAGCUAGCAUUAGUGUAACUGCUGUAUAGCUGGGCAUCGGAUUUCAGCAGUGCAACGUUCCGCAGUGCCUUGGAGCCCGUUCUGCUCUCCUGCGCUAUCUUUAGGCUGUGCUGACACAACCAGCAGUAUGCACGCUGCCCAAUAGCGGCCUUAAAUCAUCUCUGAUUACCCUCAAGUGGGAGUUGCGAGUGACAUGCUUUGAAAAGAGCUCUGGAGAGAUGUGAACUUCAGGGAGGGGGAGAGAUGUUGAGCAAGGCUGGAAGCUUUUGUUUUCUGUUGCUCCUGUCUGGGUGAGACACUUUAAGGCCAUUCUUCUCAGAUUUCUUACUCGGGAAGAGUCAUGUGUGGAAGUUGAUAGGAAGUAGUUUGAGAGCUGGAUUUGCCGUGGGAUCACAAAUACAAUUAAGCCUAGAAAAUAAUUAUUGAGUCUUAAUGGCAGAUAGCUCAACCGCUCAUACUUUAAACAUAGGGUACAUGAGCCACUGAGGUUGCAAAUGUUUGUGGGUUGUUUUCAGACUACAGUUGGAGGAUUGUGUGAUUUACUUUAUUUAAAUAUUUAUAUACCACACUUUCGUGGAAAAUACAACAAGGCCGGGCACAGCAUAAAAACACACUGCUACUAUAAUACCAGGGCAAGCUUUAAUAACAUAGCAGUAAACUGGUCGGUAAAAAACAACAACACAUUUUUAUUUGCUGCCACUGACGUUAUGUUGCUUUUAGGUGGUUGGUUGAUACCAUAUUUAAAUGCUUUAUUGUUUUAAGCUGCCCAGAGAACACGGUUACUACAUGGCAUACGAAUGCUUUAAACAAUAAUAAAUCAUAUUUCUGACCUGCACUGUGAUGUUCUCAAGUACCACUGCCCUUCUCCCUCUAGCAAUUUUUGCCUAGUCUGAUCAAAAUGCUGUCGACCCUCCUUUAACUGGGAACAAAAUAAAAGUUCUGCUGCUGUUUGAGACUCUCCUGCAGCUCUCUUCGUUCCUUGAGACCCCAUCUGCUACUCAGAACGGCUCAAUUUGGCCCAGGCGCAGAGGACAGCGUCUUUACUUUGCUCUUUGGUUUUCCCUAGAUCAUGACCAACCGGGAAGACCUCGUUGUGGCACCUGCAGGAGUUACGUUAAAAGAAGCUAAUGAAAUCUUGCAGAGGAGUAAGAAAGGUCAGUGGGAAUAGAUGUGUGGUAUUCUGUGCAUACUAUGCUAAAUCAGUGAACAUGAGGCUCAUCCCACAUUUUAACCUUAUAAUUUGAUGUGCCAAUGGUAAUGGCACAAUUACUUUCCACUCCUAGGGCAUGAAUUUUACCAGCGUCUUGAGCAAAGGCUUAUAAUGUGACCCAGAGGUGUCUCCAAGUACCUUGAGCUAAGCCCAGUUUGCUUUGAGUGGAGAAGAUCAAAGGUUCAAAGACUUGUCUUGCCCCUUGUGGGGGGAAAUCAAAACAUCACUGUAGUUAGUUGUACAGAAGCUGCAGCUUCCAGGCUUAAACCCUUAUUCUACAGUGGACUUGUUCAAGUGCCUUGUUUAAGUCAUGACCUCUUCCGGCUUGGAUUCUCAAUAAGGGGCAGCAUUUUCCCUUUCCUUUCUCUCUAUUUUGGUCAAUUUGAAUCUUUUGUGAAUAGGUGCCUGACAACGCAGACUGAUGAAUGGGCUUGUGGACUUCAGGUUUUGUAUUUAUCUAUUGCUCCAGUUUACUUUGAUCGUUAUUUUUGCCGCUGAAAAAUCAAAGAGAAUGAAAAACAAAAGCAGAUGUGAAACCUUCGGGAAGAGUUAAAAUUGCAACUCAGAGAUAACUUUUGGCAUUCCAGGAAAACUGCCCAUCGUGAACGAGAAGGGGGAGUUGGUGGCCAUAAUUGCACGCACAGACCUGAAGAAGAAUCGGGACUAUCCGCUUGCGUCAAAAGAUGCCAAGAAGCAGCUGCUCUGUGGGGCUGCCAUUGGGACCCAUGAAGAUGACAAAUACCGUCUCGACUUACUAGUGCAAGCUGGUGUGGACGUUGUUGUGCUGGUGAGUCCUAGGGGUGGUAAGCGAGUUUUAGUAGUAUGCAGUAGGGGUGAUGCCUUUUUUAGUGGAAUCUGGACUUUUCUUUGUGGAGCUGAUUGCGUUUGAGUGUGUGCAGAGGGGGUCUUGUCUAGAAAUCUCAAAAGCUGUUAAAUCUCUCUAUGAUCGCUGGUGUUUACUCUGAUGAAGAGCAAGCUUCUAAACCUCAUUCCUCCUCUUUUCAAUCCCAGGAUUCCUCUCAGGGGAAUUCCAUCUUCCAAAUCAACAUGAUCAAAUACAUCAAGGAGAAAUACCCUGAGCUGCAGGUCAUUGGAGGCAACGGUAACAAGAUGUUUGCUAAUAUAAACAUUAAAAUGUGGUUGUAUUCUUUGGGUUGUAGAACGGACUUGUAACUAAAUCUACAGAAGUUUCUAGUUUUUUGGUUCCCCCCCCCCAAAAAAAAACCCCACUAGCUGGCUGCAGGCUGGCAGAGGAGAGAUGAAGGGCUUUCUCUAACAGCCCAUAGGCUGGCAUUGAUAGAGAGACAGAAAAAAGGGGCUUCCCCAUUGGCUUUUGGCUCUGGGUCAACUCUCUGCUGUCAUACAGCCCCUGAGGAAAUGCAGCCCUCGACAGAAGAAUAGGCUCCAAGCCCUUUUUUUAAAGUCAUCAAUGCAACCACUGGCACCUCCAAAUCCUAAGUUUGCUAGAAUGCCACAAAUAAAAACAUGGGAUUUUAGCAAGACACACUUUUCAUACCAGACAAAACCUCUGGUGUAACCAGAGGUCAAACAUCUGGCAUGCCCUAACUGCUUACCUCCUUCUCUGAAUUAACAAAAGAAGGCACUUUGGUUGUACAGGUUGUUCCCUUCUCUUGUUAACACCAUCACGUUGGUGAGAUGGCCAAAGGCCGGCCAGCCAGCAAGAACUGGAAUCUGAGCCUGCCCUUUUCAGCUGAGAUUGCAGUGGCUUCCGCUGUGCAAAGCCGGUCCUGUCUGUUUAGAAGGGGAAACGUCACUGUCGCAAGCGCAGGGUGACGGAGACCAGUUUUCUAUCUCUUCCCCCUCCCUUCCCCCAUUUCAUAAUACUUUCCUCCUUUUCCUAGUGGUGACAGCGGCUCAGGCGAAGAACUUGAUUGACGCCGGGGCCGAUGCCCUGAGGGUCGGCAUGGGCAGCGGUUCCAUCUGCAUCACGCAAGAAGGUAUUCAAUUCCCGCUGCAGAUCAUUAACACAUUCUCUUCCCCAGUGCCUUGUUUAAAGAACCUAGCCCUCCAGAAGCACUAGCCCAGAAUCUGUACAGUGCCUGGAAAGGAGGGGAAUUGUAUCUGGUCCAUUGAGUCCUUCUGAUACUGAGGUGGGCUUUUGCCCUUUUGCCAUGCCAGUAGUACAGAGGCUGUCCCUGUGAGCAACCAGGACAGAGGAGUUGUGACUCUGAGCAUGCAGCAGAUUAAUUGUGUAUAAAGUCAGCAAUGGAACAGAGAGGAGAGAUGUGCUGGGCUGCCUGGCCAGGGCCAGUGUUGUACUAAUGGAGCGCAGCCCGACUGCACAGUGCCAGCAUGCUGGCGUUGCGUCAGCUCUUCAGGGCGUCCUCCUGGUACCUGAGCUGCUUUCCUCUUACCUAUAAACUGUAUGUGUUUUUGUCUUGUUCAGCUGCUCCAAAGAUCCCUCCAGACCUAAAGUCCCACAGCCCCAAAUGCCCUUCCACAGUCACUGGCACCUAUAGUAAGUCAUUGCCCCCUUCCCCUCACCCCUUAAUUUUGUGCCUUGGAGCAAGGCUUUGAUUGGCUGCCCAUUGCCCCCCCCCGCCCCCCCUGCUUGUUUUGAGAAUAAUCUAGUUGUAGACGCACUUGGGGUUUUGUGGCUUUGGAUACUGGUUGUUAAAGCUGAGACACUCUCUUGAUUCUGAGCCUUUCCUAAAGCAGGGUUUCAAAGUUGCCCUUAAUGGUACUAGCUGGAGUUCUUUCUCUCUUCUUAAAUCCAGGACUGUGUGGAUUUUUUUUUUUAAUUACCUUGACUGCUUGCUAUCUCUUGGUGGGAAAAGGUGCCAUAAUUAACGGCACGUGUGGCAGCAGCUGUGAUUCUGCAAGUUAAAUUAACUAAAUUCCAACCACAUGUACAAAAUAGGUAAAUUGUAAUUUUCAGGGGGUUAAGUAGAUUGACUGCUGUUACCAGUACAGUUGGCAGGGAUUGUUUACAUUUACUAGGAAGAUCCCAGUUUCAUGCAGGGUAGCCUGAGCUUGCCUGAGUAUCUUCCUUUAUAAUGAUGGAAAGAUUUUGUCUAGCACUGACCAUAUUGCAGCAUUGAUAAUGGAUAGGAAACCUUUUUAACGAUGCUCAAUUUCAGCCUACUUUAGGUAAUUCUAAGCUUUUAUUGUGAGUAAAUCAGGUGAUCAUUUCUAGGCAGCUUCUUAAGUAUUUGAAAAUCACAGUCCCUGUCCUGUAUGUUCCCCAUCCUUAGUCCAUGGUAGUUGUUUUUACCUACUUACGGGCUUGUCCACGCAGCUUUAAAGUGCCCCCAAAGUAGCCACGUGGAAAAGGGCUUUAGCUACCGUUCCACACAGAUGAAUAAGAGCUUCCUUUUUGAGCAUGGAGAUUCUCUGUGGGAAGUGGGAACAGCCUUUCCCCCAGAACACUGGCUGCUCUGUUUGCUUGCCACAGGGAAUGCCAGUAGACAUUUGCUAGGCUUUCCAUAGGGAACAUAUGCUCAUUUUUCCUUGCAAUUGGUUGCCAUGAGAGGACUGAGGUCAUUCUCUUGUCCCAUACAGAACUAGCUCAUUCUCCUUUAGAGAGCUGUAUCUGUCAAAGUUGCUGUUUUUAAAAGUAAAAACAGUCAUUUCAGGUAUUGACCUGAUUUGGGGGGGGGGGGGGAGCAUUCGGUGUCAGAUUUCUGUAACAGCCCAAGAACUAUGCUCUCUGCUCACCUGACAGACAGCAAGCACAGCUUCCCAUGUGCAUUUUCAGGUUUCUUUUCCAUGUGCAUGUGUACUUUUUUUUGGAUCCCAGCUGUGGUAGUCAACACAGUUAUGGACUUUAUAUCCCUGACAUGCCUCUUUGAGGUUUUUGACACAGUUGCAAUCAGGGCUCUGGGCAGGUUAGUCCAGUAAAAAUUCAGCAUCGCCCACUCUGGACCUCUUAUCUCUUUAAGGUCAAUAUGGCAACAAAUGCCUGAUACAUGCAUGGUGUAAUAUUAACCUGCUUCCAGGUAGGAUACUUUGACAAAUGUGAAGGUGGCAGAGAGACUUGUAGUGCCGUAAAUCCACAAAGUGCAUAAUGAAACAGAAACAGACCAAUAACACACACACACACACACACACACACACACACACAAACCCUCCCACAAACACAUUUACAAGGUCAUAGAAUGUUAAUUGGCCAAUGGCCUGGUUGAAGAGAAGCAUUUUCACCUGGUGCCCAAAGAUGUAAUGAAGGCUCCAGGCAAGCAACCCCCACCCCACCCCUGGAGAGCAUUCCUCAAAUCCGCAAUUGCUUUUGCAUUAUUGUAACUGUCAAAGCUCAGGAUAAAUUAUUAUUAUUAUUAUUAUUAUACGGAGCAAUAGCUAUACAGUGAAGUUGCUAGUUGCAGUAGCAGAACCUUCAUAUUGUAGGUUCCAGUUGCAAUCCUGAUAUCUCUCUAUUAAAGGAUCUUGAGAAGCUGAGCUAGGAAGAACCUUUUCCUGAGACUCUGGAAAACUGCUACCGGUCAGUGUAGAUCAGUGAGACCUCUGGGUAUAUGGCAGUAUAUAAAAUUUUAAUAAUAAUAGACAACCAACAGGCUAGGAUAGAUGCAGCCUUAAGAUAAUAUAACCAGCUAUCUAACAGGGUUACCAGCUGGUUUGUGAUGACCCAAGAACCCAACGAUCUAAUUUUAAUCUGUUAUGGCUCUUAAAUGCAGUAAGAGUCUGUGAGCAUAUAUUCCCAGGCAACUCUCUUAAGCAAGGUGGCAGGCUUCAAAGGGAGAGAGAGAAAAGGGGUGUUUGCAUCUGCUUUAGGCCUGAUCGCAACCAGUAUGUGGUCCUGGAACUCCUCCUCCAAGGGAUUAUGGUCCUCUACUUCAAAAAUGUUGCCCACCCCUGCUUUACGACAAUGAAGAGUUUGUCUAAUAAAAGACUAGGCUUGCCCAUUUUUUGUUUUAUCUCUGAUUCUGUGGAACUCCAAAUGGCAGCGACGUUACCGUACCAAAUUAUUACGGCAAAUUUCAAACCCUGCUUUGGAAGUCAACACCUGUGCAAGGCACUAGGUUGUAGGACUGUGUCUUGCUCCCUGGUGCCAACAUGUUAAUUCAUAAAGGGCUGGUCUCAGUGUACAGUUCUGUACACCAUUGUUGCAAAGGUCGGUUACGCACAUGACCUGGUUCCUACGACCAGAGUAUAGGGUGGGUGUUUAUGUAUGGAACAAACUGCUUCAUUGGCUUGUCAGCCAUAACAUGGAAACGCUGCUCUCAACAUUAGGCAGCCUCAGCAAAAGCGAGACCACCUCUUUAGCACUAACACUGUUUCAUCUUUUUGGCAGCCCAUUUCAUGAUUGAUUUGAGUUCCAGUUCAAUGCAGUUGAUUUCAGUGAAUUUGAAACUCGCGUUUCCUAGAAUGGACGAGAUUCCCUUUCCGGGCUGCCUGUACUGAGCCCUAGAAAGUGAAGGGGAAUGGAUGAAACGACAGAUGAGCUGGUGCAAAAAGUGGCUUGUGUCUGGCUCGGUUUCUUGGUGAAGCACUGAGUUAGCUUUGGCGGUGCAGAUAGCAACCCUGAAACCCUGCAUUUAACAGGAAGUUUGCACUCUUUGACUAAUCUUGCAUGGUCACAAUCUCAUCUGGUACACUAUUCUAAUGGUGGCAGAGAAAAGCCUCCCAGUUAUUUGUGAAGUGUGGGGGGAAGGAAGCCCUCUUUGGAAGAAAGGGCGGUACACUUCUGGCAAGAGUUUUUGCAUGUCCUUGGCUGUGCGGUAUGCAUCGCUUCCAGAAUGCACAUCCCAAGUGGCACGUGGGUGGAAACAGCGAGCAAAUCCGGGACAAAUUGAUGAAAUUGAGCACAGAAGAGCUCCUGUUGACACACGGGGUGUGUUCUGCAGGAAUCCUUCAUUUGAGGAAUGUUCACUUCCUGUACCAUCUUGUGCUUUAGAUGGAAACAGUGAGGCCUAUACACAGCCGCCCUGUGUGCCAGGAGAUAGCUGGCUUGAUAAUAACUCCCAUGUGAGCCCUCAUGUCCCCUCCACCAAGCAUAAACAGGGCUUUUGUUAUAUUCCGAAAGUCUCUAGUAUUCCGGUUGGAUGCCACACGCAAGCAAGGUCAGUGGGACUCAAGACUGCAUGGAUUUUUAUCUGCUCUAUGGGCUAUUCCAAAAGCCUUCCUUAGCCAUCGGAGCAGCACACAGGUGCUUUAUAGGUUAGUUACGUCAGCCCCCCCCCCCCCCCCGUGCCUUCGCAUCUCAAUUUUAGUUGCAUUCUGGGAUGAAGAUCUGGAGGGUGCUUCCCCUGCAGGCUGACUUGCUUUACUCUGCCUCCUACUUAAAGGCAGUAGCUGAAAGAAGCCAUGUGCCUUUCUAAAACUUUGCGUCCUGAAGAUGGGGAUUCCGUCAAAGGGCCUGCCUCGGACCAGACUCUGAUUGUUCUUCUUCUUUUUCUAUCUCUCUGGAUUUAGUCCUGGCAUGUGGAAGGCCUCAGGCCACAGCAGUCUACAAAGUGUCCGAGUACGCACGGAGGUUUGGCGUGCCGGUGAUUGCGGAUGGCGGCAUCCAGACUGUUGGGCACAUCGCCAAGGCUCUGGCGCUUGGCGCUUCCACAGGUGAGAUGGCAAUGGUGGUCAACUUGGAUUUCACUGCAACGCUUGGUUGUGCACCAGGGAACUCUGCCACAGUAGUAUCUCCAGAUGUGCUGUACCAGACACAUCUGUCCUGCAUGGGGCAAGUGGUUACUAGGUAGAGCAGGUGAAACAGCUAUAGGUUGUGUUGCAUUAAUGCACUGCUGUUAAACCUGUGCGUACCUCUGGGAAACCAGAUUGGGCAAGAUUUCCCGGUGCUUGGAGGUGUGUGAAUGCCCGUAUAAGGUCCGCCCGGGAUGAUAGAGUGAAGGGCAGGUGAUAAAUGAAAUAAAAAAAAACAUUUUCACUGUGAGAGAGGCUUGUGCGACACUUAAAAGUUUCCUCCGGUGAUUGUAAUGCCUUACGGCAGUGUUUCUCAACCUUGGGUCCCCAGAUGUUGUUGGAUUACAACUCCCAUCAUCCCUGAGCUCUGGCCUUGCUAGCUAGGGGUGAUGGGAGUUGUAGUUCAACAACAACUGGAGACCCAAGGUUGAGAAAGGCUGCCUUAAGGAAUGGGUUGCCCUCCAGAUGCUGCAGGAUUACAGCUGCUGUCAUCCCUGACCGUUGGCCAAGCCGGAUGGGCUGGGAUUAGGCUGCCAGAAACAUCUGGAGGGCCAUAGGUUCCCAGCCCUGCCUAUAAAGCUGUAGAAAGGUUUCAAAAAUGGCAAUACAGCAGGCGGCAGCAGCCAUGCAGUUCACACAAGCAGUUUCAGUUUAGAGCUGUAAUACUGUAAAUAGCACAGGUAGCUGCCAUGCAGAUGAAGGAAGCCCCAUUCCAGACUGGUGGCACACAAACCCUUGGGAGCUAUUGGGAGGCUGGAUCAGGGCCAGGUUGGCUUGUGGUGCAUGUAGCAUCUCCUUAAGUACGUAAAGGAAGUGGAAGUUGUUCUGUUGGAUCCCAGCUCUAACCAAAACCACACACACACACACACACACACACAUACACAUAUGAAGGGGCUAGAUCACAUGAAUGUUUUACCUAGCCAGCAUCAAAGUUUACCCCCCAACCCCUCUAGAGCGGACUGGAAGUGCAAGCCCAGUUCCCCAUUGCUUUGCUUUCCCUAGAACGUCACACCACUUGUUCUUGCUCUCUUCGUUGGCUUUAGUGAUGAUGGGCUCGCUCCUGGCCGCCACAACCGAAGCCCCUGGGGAGUAUUUCUUUUCUGAUGGGAUCAGGCUGAAGAAGUACCGGGGCAUGGGGUCACUUGAUGCCAUGGACAAGAACCUGGGCAGCCAGAAUAGAUACUUCAGGUAGGAGAUGUGUAUCCUUAACAGAGGGACUGCUUGAAUGGUACCAGGCUGGGCUGCAUAAACAAAAUAAUGCAUGCAGAUUGUGGAAGAUAAUAAAACUGACAUUCGCCGCUGCCACUUCACCUCCAUGGAAUAUUCUCCCACUGGAGGCUUUUCAGAAUCUUGCUUCUAUGGCGUUUCAGAAGCAAGCCCAGAUUUUUCUAUCUGGGGCGGGCAUCUGGCGACUUAGGUGGAAGACUUGCAGUGCACCCUUCCUUGUUUUCACCAUAAACAUUUAUUUCUUGCCAUCUCUGGAAAAAGCUUGCAUGCCCAGCUCUGCGUUUCUCACAAGCCUUUUCUUGUUCUUUGUGAUUCUCAGCGAGACAGAUAAAAUUAAAGUGGCACAGGGGGUCUCCGGCGCUGUGCAAGACAAGGGCUCCAUUCACAAGUUCAUGCCGUACCUGAUUGCUGGCAUCCAGCACUCGUGCCAGGAUAUCGGAGCCAAGAGUCUAACGCAAGUGAGGUGAGAGCUUUCUGCGCCGCCACCACCCCAGCCAAUCUUGUAUACUUUGGGAUAAUGAAUGCUGAAGGCAUGUGAGCAAGCCACAUACAAUCUAUCAGGCAGACCAUGCCUGCCCCUCACUUCCAUGAUUGGCCCACAUGGGUUGGUCAGCCCACACCAUGGUUCCCAUCCUGUAUUGUUGCAAGAAUGCGGCUCUUAAUAGGGAAACAGGAACACUCCGUCACCCUUCUCUUGACUUUUUAUCACCAGGGCCAUGAUGUAUUCUGGAGAGCUGAAAUUUGAAAAGAGGACAGCAUCUGCCCAAGUAGAAGGAGGGAUUCAUGGCCUCCAUUCGUAAGUUUUUAUGUGCGACUGAUCCAUCUUGAGUAAGCAGAGCACUUAGCAAACAGGGAAAUUAAAAAAGAAAAGAAAAGUGUGUCUCCUGGCUGCCAGCGUGAAAGCAGCCUGUGGCCAGAACCAAUUAGGAUCCCAAAGUAUCCUGAGUGCAGGGAAGUAGCUGAGGUGCUUUAGACACUUCCAAGAAGGGACCAGCCCAGCAAUUACUUUCAAUUCUGCUGCUUCUUAAUACCUUCUGAAGCAGAAUUAGCACAAGGCCUUGUUUGCAUCUGUGGACAAAUAUCAAAGCAGAAAGGGGCAGCGUUUGUUAGAAAACACCCUGAACUGAUCAGAGAGGGCCAUGUAGUUUCUUUCCUGUUGAGGCUAGGUCCUUCUUAUGUUUGGAUUUUUUUAGAAUUGUGGAGUAUAGUGGUACCUUGGUUCAUGAACAGCUUAGUUGUCGAACAAAUCAGCUCCCGGACACUGCAAACCCAGAAAUAAGUGUUCCGGUUAGCAAACGUUUUUCGGAAGCUGAACGUCCGAUGUGGCUUCCGCUUGAGCGCAGGAAGCUCCUGCAGCCAAUCAGAAGCCGUGCCUUGGUUUUCGAACGGUUUCAGGAGUCGGAAGAGACUCUUGGAACAAAUUAAGUUCAAGAACCAAGGUACCGCUGUACUUCUAACUGUAAUAUACAGUGGUACCUUGGUUUACAACCAUAAUCCGUACCAGAGGUCCAGUUGUAAACCAAAACAGGUUGUUACCCAAGGCGAGCUUUCACCAGUGGGGCCUCCAAAAAAAAAGAGUGGGGGUUGUAAUAAUAAUAAAAAAAGAGUUUUAGUCCCAAAAAAGGGACACACACUUCCAGGUUUGACGUGGUUGUAAUCCAAAACGGUUGCAAACCAAGGUACCAUUGUGAGGGUGUUCUUCUUACACCCAAUACUAGUACGUAAUUGGAGGUGGAGACUACAGUCAAGGUUCAUUGCACUGAAACAAGCCUACGGUCAUGCUGUGACCAUGCAAAUGUAUAGUAGUAAAAACAGUUGGGUUCUUUCUUUUGCAGCAGCAGCUGCUGCUGCAGGGUCUGAAUCCGGACUACUGCUCUGGAUUGGAGCCCAUGGCAGGGAUUAGUUCCGAGCAGAAAAUAAAUUUUAAAAUCAUUGGGUUUGAGCUGACAUUGUGAAUGGAGAGUCGAGGACAAGGGCCAAGACUGCCGCCCACUUCUUCCUUUACUUUAAAACGGCUCCUGAGGUUGUGAGCAGGGGAGUGGAAUUAAGCAGGAGACCCCUAUCUAAUUCCAUUUGGUAAAAGAGAGCAAUAAUUUGCUACUUCCGGUGAACAGCGCGCAACUUCAGCUUUCUUUUCCUUCUCUUGCCUAGGUAUGAAAAACGCCUUUUCUGAUGAAAGUCCCUUGCGCUUUCCCUGAGCCUCAUUUUUGCCCUGUGGUGCCUGACCUUUGCUGCCGUGAUCAUGAACUGCUCCCUUCACAGAAGUGCCAUUUUGACGGAGGGGUGGAGCUGCCUGCUGCUUCCCCUUCGCAUUAUCAGCCGCUUUGACCAAGGGGCUGAAGAUAAAACGCAUCAGCCUAUUCCAGAAGUGUCAGCUGAACGAGGCUCUGGAGAGGGGUCCUGUGUCUCUGUCUCUGUAUUUCUUUUUUACAAUAAAACAAAGAGGCAAGAAGGCCUCUUCCAACUUCUUCCGUGUGCAAUUACAGCUA